GCUCUGCAAGGCUCUGCAUCCUGAUGUGACUCCAUGCACUUGUAGUAAUCCACGUAGCAUCAUGUACCCUGCGGAGCAGAAAGUUCUCCUUUAAGCUUUCGGUCUUCCAUAAUGUCAAUGUUCACGUGAUACCUAUCAGCCCUUGAACUUGGACGGUCGUGAACUCAUGAACACCUGAAGUACUAAAACACAUGCCCUCACCCCCGAUCCAAGUCUUCCUCACGACGAUCGCGUCGCAGGUCGUCGUACGGAAGCGCCAAGAAUACAUCCUACGCAUCCUCCAAACCAAGAAGAUACCAUACACCUCGUAUGAUCUCGCCUCUGACGAUGAUGCCAAACGUUUGUGGAGGCGUAAGGCCCCACCUGAUAAGCAGCAGCUUCCAGGUAUACUUGUAGGCGGCAGAUUUAUUGGGGACUUUGACGCCUUCGAAGAAGCCGUCGAAACCGAAGGGCUGGCUACCUUCUUGCGGUUAAAUGAAACCUGGAACAUCGCCGUGGAUGAAGACCGUCCGGCGCCCGAGGUCAAGCCCGUUGGUGUGCCCGGGGCCGUCCCAAUCGCGCAAAUGACGCCCGAACACCACAAGCCCCGCUUCUUCCCUCGCAACCCAGAUACUCCACUGAAGCCAGUGAACAAGCGUGAGGGGGACUUUGAUGUGAGUACGGAGCUGGAGGGGUACGGGUUGCAGGGCGUAAGGGUGACCGAUGAGGAUUUGAGGUUGUUGGUUGAAGAGCUUGGGCUCGAGGGAGACGAUGCAGAGGAUAUGGUCAAGAGCUUGGGUGGUGAUGUGAAUAGGAAGGGUGCUCCAAAGAAGAGUAGUGAGGGUGACGAGAAGGUGAAGGUGAAGGAAGCCACGACAAGCAAAGACACUGAGAACUCGUAGAAGUGGAACGAAAACGAAUAUUAGCGUCAGCAAUGUGCAGAACUCCACCAGCCGGAUGUGUUUAGGUUAUUUAGGUAUGUUUUUCCUGGGUGUGAUAUGAUAAGACAUCUAACGCUGAACUUCCCUUUACAGCUUGCUCAUCGGCAUGUUGACGAGGAAGCCACCAUCAAGUGCAAUAGUCGCACCGUUCACGUACGCGCCAGCCCUGCUAGCCAAGAACAUCGUGGUCCCUGCGACGUCCUCGGGAGUGCCAAAGCGAUUCGUCGGGACUUGGUUGAUGAUGAUGUUCCCCGCAGCUUCGAAAAAUUGAGCCGUCACUGUAAACAAAUCAGUGUAACGCCAAAAAUAGAAACCACUCGUGAUGAACUUACUCUUGCUUUGGAACGCGCCUGCAACGUCGAUGCGAAUCGGUUAAUUCACGUGUGAG